AUGAUCAGCUCGGAGGCGUCGUUGGGUGCCUCUGCACCGCCGUACUUCAAUCAACCGUCUUCUGAACAAGAAUACAUUAAUCCUGGGACGUUCACGCCCUCCUCAUACUCCUAUCAACCAAAUAUGAUGUGUGCGAUGCAGACACAAACGCACUGCUUCGGGAAUUUCCCUUUCGGACUACCACCACCACCACCACAAAUGCCUCAAUAUCAACAGGUUCCCGUCCAGCACAUCGUCCCCGUUCCGUUCGACGAUCGACGAAUACCUGGACCGUCCGCCGCCGCCGUCGGUCAGAACAUGUCGAUCCCACCAUCGCCGAUGGUUCAAAAUUUCGCGUUGCCCGCUUCCGCUCCGACCGCCGCUCCACCGUUCGUCUUUCCGCCGUCCGGCGCCGGUGGCGGUGGUGGCGCCAGCGGUAGCGGACAAACGUUUGGCGCUUCCGCAGUGGAUUCGUGUCAACAAAUCUCACAUGUGUUGCAGUGCUAUCAACAGGGUGGUGAAGAUGCGGAAUUUGUUCGUAAAGCGAUUGAAAGCCUCGUGAAGAAGUUGAAAGAGAAGCGAGUUGAGCUUGACGCGCUAAUAACAGCCAUAACGUCAGCUGGGAAACAACCUACCACUUGUGUUACUAUACAACGUUCUCUGGACGGUCGUCUACAGGUAGCAGGACGUAAAGGAGUACCACACGUCGUCUACGCACGUAUAUGGCGAUGGCCAAAUGUGAAUAAAAAUGAGCUUGUGAAGCUCUCCAUGUGCACGAUACCGGCCGAACACCAGGAUUUCAUCUGUAUCAAUCCAUAUCACUAUGAACGCGUGGUUUCGAAUGGUCUAGCUCCACCUGAUUUGAAGUCAUUGCGAGUCGAGGCUCCACCGCCCUCAUUAAUGGCCAAGGUCGACUACCCACAGAUGCACGACUAUGAAAUGACUGAUGCGGGACCACCGAAUCCCUCUAUGCCAUUCAUCGAAUGGUCCCCAUCAUGUGCACUUUCUCACCAAGAAACAUAUUCCGCCAAUCAGUCGCCUGUACAAGGAAGUCCCGUUGUCGCGCAGACUUAUGACCUCAGUCAAGUACAACUGCCUUCCAUAUCAUUGCCUGACGAUUGGUGCUCGGUGAUGUACUACGAGUUGGACACGCAAAUUGGCGAAACUUUCAAAAUUAGAAGCGAUGAAGUACGUGUUGACGGUGGCAUGGAUCCGCUAGCGCUGCACAAAGGUCGACUAUGCCUUGGUGCGUUACCGAAUGUUCAUCGUAGUGAGGUUAGCGAAAGAACGAGGAUACAUAUUGGAGAUGGUGUAGAAUUACGUGCACUACCGUCCGGCGACGUGAUGAUGAUGUGUAGAUCGCAUAAGCCGAUCUUUGUUCGUUCGGGAUUCUUGGAUUACUGUAGCAAAAUACCGUACGGCAGCAAACCGCAUCGUUUCACACAAGAAAAUGAAGCGACAAAAGUAUUCGAUCUGCGAUGGGGUUUUCAUGAAAUGAUGUGCAGGACGAGGUCAGCCAGCGAGGCCGCCAUGGCGCAAGCUGCCGCCGUUGCUGGAUAUGCACCUGGGGUUGAGAAUUUCCCGGAGAUGAUGGCUGAUUCUGGAGUUGACGGGAUGAGGAGCGCUUUUUGUACGCUAGCGAUCAGUUUUGUGAAAGGAUGGGGUCCAGGUUAUCCGAGUCGCCAUUCUAUUAAGGACACUCCGUGUUGGAUUGAAAUUCAGUUGCAUCGACCGCUACAACUUCUCGAUUACCUUCUCAAACAUGCUCCACUAACAGGUUGA